CAUGACGGUAAAAAGGCCUGGUGGAAGUAUGGAACGUACCCUCUUCUUAGGGCUGCAGAUUGUGGAAGCUGUUAAAUCCCGGUGACCGGAUCUGAUUUAUUUAUAUUUCGCGCGCUGCGGGCGCGAUGACUUAAAACUCCCUGUGGAGCGCGGGCGUCGUGACCGGCCGCAGGCGGCGGACAGAGGCGUGGCCGCGCAGGGAAAACCCAGCACUGCUCCGUUUUUUAGGCGCUUGGUUAGCAACCUGGCUAAGUAGCAGCCCACUCGUUUUUAACGGUUCCAGUAGGCCGCCCUCGGAGAACGCGGAUAACGGCUGCCCGGUAGGAGGGGCGGCACCCGCCUCCGGGACUGACCCCGCAAGAUGGUUGUUCGAGCGCCACUGAUGGGGAAACGACGCGGUAAGAUGCGUUAGGUGGUCGUUAGCUCACGGCCUGGCGGCCAACAGACACCGCCCCCCUCCCUCUUCUCGUUUCCUUCCCGGCCUCCGUCAUCAGCAUGGAGCAGACCCUGAACCCUCACCCGCAGCUCCCGGAGGGCUCCUACAAGAUGACCGAGGAGGACGUGAAGAGGCUGAUCGAGUUCAGGGCGUCCAACGAGACUUUGUUUACAGGAAAGAGGAACUCUGCCAAGAUUGCAUGGAGCACUAUCUUGAAAGGACUGGGACUGGAAGGGAAGCUGACCGCAGAGCAGAUCGCCAAGAAAUGGGACAACCUGCGGACGAAGUACAAGGGGUCACUGUUUGUGCGUUUCAGGACCUGAAGCAGCCUUAUCAAGGCCAGGACCCCACCGGGGGUGUCAUGGAGUCGUGGCCCUGGUUCCACAUCAUGGAUGAAGCCAUGCAGGGUCGCCUCUACAACACCAACCUGGUUCUGAGUCCGGAGAGCGCAGACAACGGCGCACAACACAGCAACGGGCAGCCGAACCAAAACCAGGAGAACACAGACAUCCUGGAGUUUCUCAUCAAGACGGAGAUGGAAGACACAGUGGCAGCUGAAUCGGCAGAGAGUGAUGUGGUGGUUCAUUCCGAGGCCGCGCCCACUGAAGGCGUCCCAAUGGGGUGGAGGAGAAUGACCGAGUGCUCGUACAAAAUGACUGAACCGGAAACGGAGAGGAUGAUCAAACUUCGAGCAGCAAACGAAGCGCUCUUUACCGGCAGGAAACACUCAGCCAAGCCCGCCUGGAGGGCCAUCCUGUUUGAGCUGGGUCUGCAGGGAAAGCUGACCACAGACCAGCUGGCCAAGAAAUGGGACAACCUAAAGAGGAGAUACAAGGAGCUGAAGUUUCCCUCUCGCGGCGUGGACACCAACCCAAGCUCCUGGCCCUGGUUCUACCGCAUGAACGACGCCAUGGAGGGACGCUUCUCCUGCGCUGCGCCCAUCCUCACUCCCAUAGUGGAGGACGAAGACGAUGACUGCGAGCCACUCUCCCCGACGCCAAAGAAACGAGCCCGCCGGAGCCGAGGAGGGAUGGCGGAGUUCCUGACGGAGUCUGAGAUGGAUCUGCUGGUCGAUAACGAGGACAAGAAUGGAUCCACAGCUUUAGGAGAUUUUCACCGACUCACAGAGUUCUCCUACAAACUAACAGACGAGGACACUCGGCGGCUGAUUGAACUCCGAGCCUCAAACGAGUCUCUGUUCACGGGGAGGAGGAACACCGCCAAGCCUGCCUGGAGGGGAAUUGUGAAGGAGAUGGGUCUGACGGGGAAGAUAACACCUGACCAGGUGGCUAAGAAGUGGGACAACCUAAAGACCAAAUUCAAGGACUUGAAGUUCCCUCCGCGGGGGAUGGAGGGGCAGACCAACCCGGCCUCCUGGCCCUGGUUCCAGCUCAUGAGCGACGCACUGGAGGGGCGCCUGGUGGGAAAAGCUCCCAAAGUAACCCCCGUGUGGACCAACGAUGAAGACGGCGUGUUUGUCUCAUCUCCGCCCGUCGACAGGGAUUGCUCUGUGGCAGACAGGAGCAGUGUGUCGGAGCUGGACAGCAUGGUGGGCGGAGACAACGGCGAAGCUGACGGGAGCAUCACGUACAUUGACGCCAGUGGAGAGGAGUGUUCAAUGCCGUCAGAGCUUUCGUAUAAAAUGAGCGACCAGGACACCAGGAGGAUGAUCAAACUCAGAGCCUCCAACGAGUCGCUGUUCACCGGGAGGAGGAAUGCUGCCAAAGCAGCCUGGAAAGCCAUACUGAAGGAGCUCGGCCUGCAGGGAAAAGUCUCCACCUACCAGAUGGCCAAGAAGUGGGACAACCUGAAGAGAAGAUACAAGGACCUUAAAUAUCCUCCUGUUGGGAUGGAGAGUGUGGUGGAUGGCGCCUCCUCCUGGCCGUGGUUUCACCUGAUGAAUGAAGCUAUGGAGGGCCGCCUGGCGAACAGCGCCCCCCUCCUCACCCCCGUCACUCAGGACGAUGAGCAGGCCCCUGACCCCGUCCCCAGACAGAGGCCCCGCCCUACCCUUCCUCUGCCCCCCUCUUCCUCCUCAGACUUGGAACAGGAUGCGUUUGGGGACAACGCGCAGCCAGACCAGCGGAGCGUGGAUCCGUGCGACAGGCCGCUGGGGGAGCUGGACCGGGAGUGGGAGAUGGUGGAGCGGGAGCGGGCGGCGCUGGAGAGGGAGAGAGAGAUGGUGGAGCGAGAGAGAGCCACAGUGGAGAGAGAGAGGGCAGCGGUACAGGCGGAGCGGCUGUGGCUGGAUCGGGAGCGGGCGGCGGUGGAGCGCGACCGCGCCAUGGUGGAGCAGGAGCGGUUGGCGCUCGGCCGAGAGAGAGACGUCCUGGACCAGAGGGCGCUGAUGCUGAACUCGGUGGGACACUCGGGUCACCUCAGCAGCCUCAUGUAGAGCUCAUGGGGGCGUGUGCUACCCCAAUCCGAACGUCCUAUAACAGGAAACGGAUCCUGCUCCUCUGCAGUACCACCAGCUGGUCAUGGUCGAAAGCACGUUUUAGUGAGUGAUGUGAACAGGUCCAGGUCACACCUUCACACCCGGGGCAGAAGUUUCUCUUUUGGACCUCUGCCAAAGACUGGAUUCAGUUCAGAACCACAGACGCCACAUGCCGACCAGUAGGGCAGCGUUUGAGGAGCCUGGGCUUGAACUAGUUUCUGCACUGACUACCAGACCCAAUGAGUCGAGCUCAGUGAAGAUGGUGCUCUCAGGGAGGAGGUUUGUGAGGAAUGAUUUCAGAAUCAGACUCUGAGGAACCGCUACGAUUGGCUCCACCGUGUGAAGACAGGAAGUGGUUUUGCUGCAAGCAAGAAAGAUGCAGAACUGUAUUUUAUUUACAGACGCACUGUUACUUCAAACCAAUAACAUUCUUCAGCAUUUUCUCUCAGCUCUCCUCUCGUCACUUCAUGUUGGAUUUUUGACGGCUGACAUGUGAUGUACAGAAAUAAUUGGUAAUGACAUAGUUAAUAUAUAAAUAAGGUCAUUUUAUAUAAAAAUCUAAAAAUGUAUAAAAAUCUGAUCAUGAUUUCACAUUAAAUGUGUUUUUUUGAAGAUUUUUUUUUUACUUUGAGUCAUUUUACUCUGAAGUGUGGCUUCACUGUAAAUGUAAAAAUAAAUUAAACAAACAAAAAAGAAUCACUGACCGCAAUAAACUUUUAAAUUA